UACUGGCUCCACCAGCUGGAAAACAAGCAACAAGCUAAUAUUUUAAACAAAACAACCGCCCUCUUCCUGUCAGAACCAUUGCAACCCAUUAACCCCGCACGGGAGUUGUAUGAGCUGGGAAUGCGGCUUCGUUUAUUGGGCGCAAUGCAUGCUGGGCGUCGUAGUCCAAACGGCAGACUAUUGGAGGGGGACGCGGCGUCACGCUGCAGAGCCGUGCGGCGUGACGCACAGCAAAUGUGACGGCGCCUGUCGCGGUGCCUUGUGGGAUUGCUUCCCCUUCCUUUCGCUUUUUCCUCCUCAGCGGCGUGGGGAGACGGCUCCGGUCAUGUCCGGCUUCCGCGCCCUGGGCUUGUCGCCCUGGCUGGUGUCGCAGGCAGAGCAGCUAGGCCUGGCGAGGCCCGCGCCGGUGCAGGAGGCGUGCAUCCCGCCCGCCCUCCAAGGCCGUGACUGCAUGGGCUGUGCCCAGACUGGCAGUGGCAAGACAGCCGCCUUUGUGCUGCCCAUCCUGCAGAAGCUCUCUGAAGAUCCGUACGGCAUCUUCUGCCUGGUGCUGACACCCACGAGGGAACUGGCCCACCAGAUCGCCGAGCAGUUCCGGGUCUUGGGGAAGCCGCUGGGCCUAAAGGACUGCAUCAUCGUUGGUGGGAUGGAUAUGGUCGCUCAAGCCCUAGAGCUAUCCCGAAAGCCCCACAUCGUCAUUGCCACUCCGGGCCGGCUGGCCGACCACCUGCGAAGUUCCAACACCUUCAGCCUUCAAAAGAUCAAGUUCUUGGUUCUGGAUGAAGCUGACCGACUGCUGGAGCAGGGCUGCACCGACUUCACCAAAGACCUGGAAGUCAUCUUGGCAGCACUCCCAGCCAGCAGGCAGACGAUGCUCUUCAGUGCCACUCUGACAGACACCCUGAACGAGCUCAAGCAGAUCGCCAUGAACAAGCCAUUCUUCUGGGAAUCCAAAUCCGAAGUCCGGACAGUGGAGCAGCUGGACCAACGUUAUCUGCUGGUGCCUGAGAAGGUGAAGGACGCCUACCUGGUCCACCUGGUCCAGACAUUCCAGGACGAGCAUGAAGACUGGUCCAUCAUCAUCUUCACCAACACCUGCAAGAACUGCCAAAUCCUGAAUAUGAUGCUCAGGAGGUUCAACUUCCCUUCGGUGGCUCUGCACUCCAUGAUGAAGCAGAAGCAGCGGUUUGCAGCCCUGGCCAAGUUCAAAUCCAGCGUCUUUAGGAUUCUCAUCGCUACAGAUGUGGCCGCCAGGGGCCUCGACAUCCCCACAGUCCAAGUGGUCAUCAACCACAACACACCGGGGCUCCCCAAAAUCUACAUCCACCGGGUAGGCCGAACUGCCCGGGCAGGUCGAAAUGGCAUCGCCAUCACGCUGGUGACGCAAUAUGACAUCCACCUGGUCCACGCCAUCGAGGAGCAGAUCAAGAUGAAGCUUCAAGAGUUCUCUGUGGAGGAACACACCGUACUGAACAUCCUUACCCAAGUGAACGUUGUGCGACGGGAAUGCGAGAUUAGAUUGGAGGCGACCGAUUUUGACGAGAAGAAGGAAAUAAACAAACGGAAACAGAUGAUCCUAGAAGGAAAGGACCCCGACCUGGAGGCGCAGCGGAAAGCUGAGCUGGCAAAGAUCAGGAAGAAGAAUGUCGAGUUUCGGAGCAGAGUCCAGCAGGUCCUGGAAGACAAGAAGCAGGUUGUCCUCCAUCGGAAGCUACGGAAACGAAAGCGGCGGCAGAAGCAGCCAGCAGCAGAGAAGUGAGGCUGCCUCCCCGCCGACCCCUCACCACCCAGGGUUCUUGUGCCUUCCAUCUGUUCCGGGGAAUAAGUGGCGUGUUUCCACCUCUUUGCCCACCAGGGCUGAGAAGGGCACCCCAGAGCCAAGACGGGCUCCAUCAAAAGUCAUUUCUUAGGGUUGGGGGGGGGGAGAAGCUUCUGGGGGGAAACUGCGGACACGACAGGAGGAUGCUGGGAAUCCAGUUUUAUUGAAAUUUUCCAUGAUACAAUAAAAAGAACGGACUAAUCUACAAAGUCUAAUAACAAGAGAGAAAUUAGAAGAAAAGAAAGGAGACAGGAGACUACAAAGCCCUCUCUCGCUGCUAUAGCUUAUACAGAGAAAGGUGAGCCUUCCCAACUCUCCCCUGGGAAUAUCCCUCUCUCUCUAAGCCUCUCACCCUGGGCGAUCACUGGGAAUCCAGUUUCUGAGGAAAUCUGAGUACAGAACUGGGCACCUUAUCUUCAUCAGUUUACCGUGGUUCCUCUCUUGCCUGUCCAGGAGUAUCUCUCGUUCCACACAGCUCGGACUUUUGUUCCAGUUGCUUUUGACCCCUCAAGAUAGUCUGCUUCCAAACUGGUCCCUUCAUUACAGGAUCACCUUCAAACGAAUUCCUUAGUUACAGGACCACCUCGAUGUGUCUACU